CAUUUUUGACAAUAAACGUCAAUAAAACAAUAUGGACGGACGCGUCUGCUAAUUCUGGGGCGAGUUUAUUAUAUAGAAUAUUAGCGAAAUAAGGUUUCUCAACAUAUUAUUGUGGAGUCCAUGACAUCAUUAUAAUGGAUAAAAUACCUAGAACACAUGAAGCUAUCGAAGCUCAGAUUAGAGAAAUACAAUCUAAAAAAAAUGAGUUACCAGAAAAUGGAUCCAACAAGGGUGUGUCUCUUGGGGAGACCUAUUAUGAUAGUGAUAUUUAUGAUAAUGCUGGACAAGGUGGUAAAUCAAGGUACGAUGGCUACGUGACCUCAAUUGCUGCAAAUGAUGAAGUUGAAGAUGAAGAUGUGGAAAAUGUACCUAUAUCACAAAAAAGGGCAGGUUAUACUGCCCCAGCUUCUCUGCUGAAUGACAUAGCCCAGAGUGAUAAAGAUUAUGAUCCAUUUGCUGACAAAAGAAGGCCAACCAUUGCGGACAGAGAAGAUGAAUAUCGUCAGAAACGGCGUCGGAUGAUAAUAUCACCUGAAAGAAUGGACCCAUUUGCUGAAGGUGGCAAAACACCAGAUGUUGGAUCAAGAACCUACACAGAGAUUAUGAAAGAACAGUAUCUGCGAGCUGAGGAAACUGAACUCAGAAAAAAGCUUUUAGAACGUGCCCGAGAAGGGACAUUGAAGCCAGUGGCUCAACCAAAUGGGGAAUCUGCCAAAUCAGCUCCAGCAAAACGUAAAGGUCGAUGGGACCAGAGUUCUGAUGACACACCAUCUGCCAAGAAACCAGCCUCAGCUACUCCAAGUUCUCAAGCUACUCCAUCCUGGGAUAAUGAAAGAGGUGCAUGGGAAGAGACGCCGGGGGCGGGCGGGCGCGGCGGGGAGACGCCGGGCGCGACGCCGUCGGCGCGCGUGUGGGACGCCACGCCGGGACACGCCACGCCCGGACACGCCACCCCCGGCCGCGACACGCCCGCGCAACACGCCUCGCGACGCAACCGCUGGGACGAAACUCCCAAAACUGACAGAGAAACUCCGGGACAUAACAGCGGUUGGGCAGAAACUCCGCGCACGGAUCGCGGUAGCGGCGUAGACACAAUACAAGAGACACCGACGCCUGGCACUAAACGACGAUCGCGUUGGGACGAAACGCCCGGCGCCACGCCCGCCGCCGCCACGCCCACGCCUUCCCACGCCACGCCCUCGCAUGCCACGCCAUCGCACGCCACGCCCUCACAUGCCACGCCCACGCCGCAUACGCCGGUAUUUACGCCGGGAGGAUCAACUCCGGUAGGAGUGAAGGCUAUGGCCAUGGCGACGCCGACGCCGGGCCACGUGGCCGCCAUGACGCCCGAACAACUGCAAGCCUACCGCUGGGAGAAAGAGAUAGACGAACGGAACCGACCCUACACUGACGAAGAACUGGAUGCCAUGUUCCCUGCUGGGUACAAGGUUUUACCCCCUCCGGCCGGUUAUGUUCCGAUUCGCACGCCGGCUCGUAAGCUGACCGCAACGCCGACGCCUCUGGGCGGUACCCCAAUCGGCUUUUUCAUGCAGACGGAGGAGGGCGGCGGGGCGGCGGCGGCGGCGGCGCGCCUGCUGGACCCGCAGCCCAAGGGCGGCCAGCAGCUGCCCUUCAUGAAGCCGGAGGACGCGCAGUACUUCGACAAGCUGCUGCUCGACGUCGACGAGGACGCGCUCUCGCCUGACGAGCUCAAGGAACGCAAGAUCAUGAAGCUGCUGCUUAAGAUUAAGAACGGAACGCCUCCGAUGUGCAAAGCCGCGCUACGCCAGAUCACGGACAAGGCGCGGGAGUUCGGCGCGGGCCCGCUGUUCAACCAGAUACUGCCGCUGCUCAUGAGCCCCACGCUGGAGGAUCAGGAGCGACAUCUGCUGGUCAAGGUCAUCGACAGGAUCCUCUACAAGCUGGACGACUUGGUCCGCCCUUAUGUACACAAGAUUCUAGUAGUGAUUGAACCGCUCCUGAUCGACGAGGACUACUACGCGCGCGUGGAAGGCAGGGAGAUCAUCUCGAACCUGGCGAAGGCGGCCGGGCUGGCCACCAUGAUCUCCACCAUGCGGCCCGACAUCGACAACAUCGACGAGUACGUGCGGAACACCACGGCCAGGGCCUUCGCCGUCGUCGCCUCCGCUCUCGGUAUUCCAUCCCUGCUACCGUUCUUGAAGGCCGUGUGUCGCUCCAAGAAGUCGUGGCAAGCGCGACACACUGGUAUCAAGAUCGUGCAACAGAUCGCUAUUCUGAUGGGCUGUGCCAUACUGCCCCAUCUCAAGUCGCUUGUGGAAAUUAUUGAGCAUGGAUUGGUCGACGAACAGCAAAAAGUUCGUACAAUCACUGCGCUGGCGAGCGCCGCGCUGGCCGAGGCCGCCACACCAUACGGCAUCGAAUCAUUCGAUUCCGUACUCAAGCCUUUAUGGAAGGGUAUCAGGACCCAUAGAGGAAAGGGUCUCGCUGCUUUCCUUAAGGCUAUCGGUUACCUCAUCCCUCUCAUGGACGCUGAAUAUGCAAACUAUUAUACUCGUGAAGUGAUGCUUAUCCUUAUUCGUGAGUUUCAGUCACCUGAUGAGGAAAUGAAAAAGAUUGUGUUAAAGGUAGUGAAACAGUGUUGUGGAACGGACGGUGUGGAGCCACAAUACAUCAUGGACGAGAUCUUGCCGCACUUCUUCAAACAUUUCUGGAACCAUCGCAUGGCCUUGGACAGACGUAACUACCGACAACUCGUAGACACCACUGUUGAAAUUGCUAACAAAGUCGGUGCCUCUGAAAUAAUAAACAGAAUCGUAGAUGAUCUGAAAGACGACAAUGAACAGUACAGAAAGAUGGUGAUGGAGUCUAUAGAGAAAAUCCUGGCUAACUUGGGUGCGGCCGACAUAGAUUCCAAACUGGAGGAAGCCUUGAUCGACGGUAUUCUAUACGCGUUCCAGGAACAGACCACAGAAGACGUGGUGAUGCUGAACGGUUUCGGCACGAUAGUGAACCAGCUGGGCAAGCGCGUGAAGCCGUACCUGCCGCAGAUCUGCGGUAUCAUCCUGUGGCGCAUGAACAACAAGUCUGCCAAAGUGCGCCAGCAGGCCGCAGACCUCAUCUCCAGGAUUGCUGUCGUCAUGAAAACCUGCCAAGAGGAAAAAUUGAUGGGCCAUCUUGGUGUAGUUCUUUACGAAUAUUUGGGCGAGGAGUACCCGGAGGUGUUGGGUUCCAUCUUGGGCGCUCUGAAGGCCAUCGUCAACGUCAUCGGCAUGACCAAGAUGACACCGCCGAUCAAAGAUCUCCUCCCGAGGCUCACACCAAUCUUGAAGAACAGACACGAAAAAGUGCAAGAAAACUGUAUAGAUUUGGUCGGUCGUAUCGCGGAUCGCGGCCCCGAGUUCGUGUCUGCGCGGGAGUGGAUGCGGAUCUGCUUCGAGUUGCUGGAGCUGCUGAAGGCGCACAAGAAAGCCAUCCGGCGAGCGACCGUCAACACAUUCGGUUACAUCGCCAAGGCUAUUGGACCCCACGACGUGCUGGCCACGCUGCUCAACAACUUGAAAGUACAGGAACGACAGAACAGAGUAUGUACUACGGUAGCCAUCGCCAUCGUCGCGGAGACUUGUUCUCCGUUCACAGUGUUGCCCGCUUUGAUGAACGAAUACAGAGUCCCGGAGUUGAAUGUGCAAAACGGAGUCCUAAAGUCCUUGUCCUUCUUGUUUGAAUAUAUUGGAGAGAUGGGCAAGGAUUAUAUUUAUGCUGUUUGUCCGCUAUUAGAAGAUGCACUCAUGGACAGGGACCUGGUGCACCGGCAGACGGCGUGCGCGGCCAUCAAGCACAUGGCGCUGGGCGUGUUCGGGUUCGGAUGCGAGGACGCGCUCGUGCACCUCCUCAACCACGUGUGGCCCAACAUCUUCGAGACCUCGCCGCAUCUCGUGCAGGCCUUCAUGGACGCCGUCGAGGGCAUGCGCGUGGCGCUCGGGCCCGUCAAGAUCCUUCAGUACGCCCUGCAGGGUCUCUUUCACCCGGCGAGAAAAGUUCGUGACGUUUAUUGGAAAAUCUACAACACGCUUUACAUCGGUGGACAAGACGCUCUGGUCGCCGGAUAUCCAAGAAUACAAAACGAUCCCAACAAUCACUUCGCACGAUAUGAGUUGGACUACAUAUUGUAAUAAUUAUAUAAUUUGUUAAGCUUAAGUUAGAUAUUGUUUGAUUUAUGUCAUAAAGUCAUAAUCGUAGAUUUAACUUGUCGCGAUUACAACAACUCAUUUUUGGCAUUGAAUGAUAUGGCCUGAUGAAAGCAUCGCUGCUGUUGAAUAAGUUUGUAAAGUAAAUGAUUGCCGGGUCAUGUAGGUAUUUUUAACACACAGUAAUCUUCUAGAGAUCAAAGCAUUAAGAUCAAAGCCUUGCCAUUACAUUGUUACUAGAGUCCUCGCCACGAAAUCAGUCACGCGGGUAAAUGGAGAACUAUCAAUAGCGACUGCGUCUCCAGAACUUUUUCGUGCCGCGGUAAUUCAUUUCCGCUUUUUUGUGAGACAAGACUUGACAUAUACAAGCAAGUUAAACAUAGACUUUGAAAGAAAAUAUUUGAAUUUGUUAUAAAAGCGAAACAAAAACAACCGGGCGUAAGAAGUCGUGUAGAUUAAAAUUAUAAAAGUUAAAGUUUUUUCAAUACAUGGAAAACUACUGAUCACAACACAAAAAUGUAAACAUUUUCGGGAGUUUUUAAAUAAAGGAAGAUGAAAAUUCAGUAA